AUGAAGAUGCGGCUCCGCGGCGCCUCUGUGCUUGCUAUGCUCCCGCUGGUGAGCGUUGGUCUUGCAAGCAAGAGUGAGACAUCUUCUGGAUUGCUCCCCCUGACAUACGAACCAUUCCCACUCGGCAGCAUCACCCCGAACGGAUGGUUACGAACCGAGCUCCAGGCAUCCGCGGAUGGUCUUGCAGGUCAUCUCUUUGACUUCUUCCGAUAUGUGAAGAACUCUUCCUGGAUCGGCGGUGAUCAGGAGUACAGUUCAUUGAACGAGGCACUUCCAUAUUGGGUCAAUGGAUUAGUGCCACUCGCCUAUACGCUGCAAGAUGAUCGUCUGAUAGGCCAGGUUUCCACCGUUGUCGACUCUAUCCUGGACCGUAUCCAGCCAGAUGGAUGGAUUGGACCCGAGACUCUCGCUAGCGGCGAGCGAAUGAUCUGGGCGCGAACUCUCGUUUUCCUCGGAUUGACCAAUCUCGCUGAUGCGGAUCCGAAAUACGAACAGCCCAUUGUUGACGCGCUUUAUCGGUUUAACGGCCUUAUGAAUUCUAUGCUCAAGAACAAUGGAACUGGCAUGAUCUAUCAUGAGGGUGAUAAGGUGUCUGCUGAUGAUUAUGUUUGGUUCCAGGCUCGGACUGAAGAUAUGAUUGUCAGUUUGCAGUGGAUGCUGGAUUAUCACCCCGGUAACCAGACUGAGAUGUUGAAGGAGAAUAUUGAGAUGAUUCAUCAUUGGGCUUCGAAAUGGGAGGGAUGGUACUCCGAGGGUAGUUACAUUACAGAAGAUCUGAACGACCUUCCGCAGUCGGUGACUACAGAUCAAUGGCAGUUCCUGCAUGGUGUCACCGUUGCUGAGAGCCUGAAGUUCGCAGCUGUUUACCGGCGUUCGAAUGCAAACGAGAGUCUUGUCACAACUGCAAAGAACGGGGUGGAUUGGACAUUCAAAUAUCACGGCGCGGCAUCCGGUACUAUCCUUGCUGAUGAGCGUCUAGACGGCCUCAAUCCCUACUAUGGCUCCGAGUUAUGCACAAACGUUGAAACCAUCUACUCGCUCGCCUACAACUACUUCGCUCUCGGAGACUCCUCGUACGCAGAUCGGGCCGAGCUGGCCGCAUUCAAUGCUCUUCCGGCCGCUCUCUCUGGAGAUUGGUGGGCCCAUCAAUACGUGACCCAGCCCAACCAGCCAUAUUCCAAGAACCUCACAGACGAGCCGUUCUGGAAUACUAAUUCCCUUAGUCAGACCUUUGGAGUUGAGCCUGACUAUCCCUGCUGCACCGUAAAUCAUCCGCAAGGAUAUCCGAAGUUUACAAUGUACAGCUUCCUCAAGAAUGGAGAUACUGGAAUUGUCCAUUCCUUGCUCAGCCCGGGCCAAGUUCAAACACAAAUCCAAGGGAAAAAGGUCUCGGUGGACUGUCAAACCGAUUAUCCUUUUGGCAAUACCUUAUCCUAUACUGUUGACAGCGAUAUCGACUUCGAACUAUAUCUUCGCGUUCCAGAAUGGGCCACCCAAGCCAAGAUCCAAGGAUCGCCAAAUGAUGACGGCGCAUCCAAGGACCCAAAGACAGACCUUAUCAAAGUCAACAUUCCAUCCGGAACAACCAAGUUCACCUACGAACUAGGAAUGGACCUUGUCACCGCCGAUCGGGCCAAUGAUACUGUCGCUGUCUACCGUGGAGCCCUCCUCUACGCACUGCACGUUCCUCACACUAGCACUUCCGGACCUCCCAAGUUCUAUGAUACCCAGAAGGAAUACCCCGCAGGAACUUACCCCAGCGAUGCACAAGAUUAUGUUCUUUUGAACUCGACCGACUGGAACGUGGCCAUCGAUCCAUCGACGCUAGAAUAUCACCCCGGGUCGGGCGGGUCACUACCCUCGCCUACAUUUGAGGAUGGCCAGCUGCCAAUGUACAUCACUGCCAAGGCUUGUUUGAUCGAUUGGCCGAUUUUCAGGGUGUGCCGGAUUCGCCUAUUCCCAAGAGUGAGCGGUCUUGUCUUGGGGAUACCUUUGAGGCUACUCUUCGUCCGUAUGGGAGUGCGAAGCUGCAUAUGUCUGAUUUACCGACGAUUGAUCUUUCGGGGAAGUGAGAAGAUCGUGCUGGUUUAUGGGGACUUAUAG